AUUUCGAACUGUAGAUUAUUUUGAUUUCGUGGAUGAUCUUUGACAUCACGUAUGGAAUUGUUAAUUAAGUCAAAAGCGUGAAAAAAUCACGAAAAUCACUUCAUCAAAAUGACCCCCCGACUGAGAAUUUUAUCCAACGUUAUUGAGCGUUUAGGUAAACUAAACACAGCAGUCACAGGCCAUUUGUAUGGGGUGAUGUGUGAAAGUGCACUGACUGUUUUAACAUUUAGUGUGAAUUCCACAAAUGAAGAAGAAGCAACAAUAAAAAAUAUCAACUUACAACUCAAUAUGCCCGUCGAAGUGGAUUUACUCGGCGUUUUAUUUGUUGAUCAAUGCGAGCAAAAAAUCCCAGAUGCUUUUCAGGAUAUCGACGUGACGGAUAAUCCUCUAAUUUUGAAGUACUGGAUUGACGAGUCUUCUGUACAGCCAUUUUUUUAUAUACAUCAGAAAUUAGAAACUGCUGGUGAUUUUGAAAUUGUCAGCGAAGAAUACGUUUGUCAACAGUUUGUCUAUAUAAGACUUCAAGCGAGUUUUCCUAUUGUCGCUGAAAGAGAAAAAGUGGUAGACACUCUCCAGGAGUCUCGCAAAAGUAUAGCAUCAGGAAAAGUAGGAUUCUACUUUCCACAGAACAAUACUUAUUUGUUUGGAAACGACAGUGGCAGUAAUCUCAAAGAAUCCUCGGCGAAAGAAAUUUUAUGCGUCGCAGACUCUCAUGAAAACGCUGGAACUCAACGAAAUAUUACGAAAAAUACUUCGCAUAUUGUGGAUGCAGUUCCUGUAGAUAUGCUUUUAAAACUUACCAAUGACAAGAAUGCCGAAGGUCUUGUUAAAUAUGCACCUGUGAUUCAUCAAACGAGACGAAUUUACGAAUAUCUACAGUUCGAUUUAAAAAUCGAUGCGUUGUCAUUAGUUGGUCGAAAUACAACGAAAUCUCAGUUAUAUGAAGUCCUUGUGGAAUCAGUGUGCAGAAAUUUGAGAUUAAUCGGAAAGUCUUUUGAAGAACAGCUAGAAAAUGAAGAUCUUGAAGUAAAACUUCCAGUGCCAAUGCAUUUCAAGCCACCGGAUUUUGGCCAUCUUAUCACCAUUGCUUAUUUAGUUGGAAGUUCAGCUAAAGACAAUUUGGAAUAUCGCAAAAGUUUACAUAAAACUUUGGCUCUUGGUAUGACCAGACCACAGUUUCGAGCUGGGAAUGCAGUGAAAUUUCGCAGCAAUUUAGAGAAAGAUGAGCCUCUCUUAAAUCCUCACGAAGCCAUUUCAGUCGCUAAUACUCCAAGUGGAAAAUUGAGUCUCGUUUAUGGCUGUUAUUCUUAUCAUCACUACAUGCAGAACGGUUUUGACGAUAAUGGAUGGGGAUGUGCUUACAGGUCUCUACAAACAAUCGUCUCUUGGUACAGAUUGCAGGGCUAUACAGACAAAUCGAUUCCCACGCACAGGGAUAUUCAAAAGUAUCUAGUGGAAAUUGGAGACAAAUCUUCUAGUUUUAUUGGAAGUAAGCAGUGGAUUGGUUCAACAGAAGUUGGCUUCGUUCUUGAAACUCUCCUCGGCGUUACGAUAAAAGUUCUCUGCGCAUCUACUGGUGAAGAAAUGGCCAGUUUAGUCCCAAAUCUCGCUUAUCAUUUCGAGACUCAAGGCACUCCAGUUAUGAUUGGGGGAGGAGUGUUAGCACAUACAAUCAUUGGAGUGAGUUCAGAUGAAAUGACCGGAGAAGUGCGGUUUUUGAUUCUGGAUCCCCAUUACACUGGAUCUGAACAUUUGUACACGAUUGUGAACAAAGGUUGGUGUAGUUGGAAGACGAAGGACUUUUGGAAGAAAGACGCUUUUUAUAAUAUGUGCCUCCCCCAGAGGCCAUAUUGUUUCUAAUAUGCAUAGCAAGUCAAUUUCAUUUGUAUAAUAUAAGUUGUACGAUAUCGUCGAUUCUAUGUUUAUUAUAGAUACUGAUGCCCAUUUUAUCUUAUACAAGUAUUUAUUUUUUACUGGUGGAAUGUAUCUAUAGGUGUAUAAAAAUGUUUAAUAAAUGAAAUUUUCUAUGAAA